AUGCGGCGGCGGCUGCUGCUGCUGUCCCUGGCCGCGCGCCGCUCCUCCGUGUCGCUGCAGCCGCGAUGGGGGAGGCGCUGCUGCUGCUGCUGCGCUCCGGCUUCGGUCCGGGGCCCGAGCGGCUCCCCUCCCGGCCGCCGCCUUCUCUCCACGCCCAUCUUUUACGCGAACGGCUCUCCGCACAUCGGGCACCUGUACUCGGCGCUGCUGGCUGACGCGCUGCACCGGCACCGGCAGCUCCACGAGCGGGGAGGGCGCUUGGCCACCGGAACAGACGAACAUGGGCUGAAAAUUCAGAUGACAGCAGCGGCUGCAGGCAGUUUACCUCAGCACUUCUGCGAUCGUGUAUCGGCGGAAUUUCGGGGGCUCUUUGCCCAGGCAGGCAUCUCUUACACUGACUUCAUCCGCACCACAGAGCCGCGGCACAGACGGGCAGUGGAGCACUUCUGGGCCACCCUGCGGGACCGGGGCUGGCUUUAUCGGGCCAAUUAUGAAGGCUGGUACUGCACUGCUGAGGAGACUUUCUUGGCGGCUUCUCAGGUCACGGAGUGCCCUGACACCCAAGGCAACAGGCAUACAGUCUCACUGGAAAGCGGCCACCAGGUACACUGGACCAAAGAAGAAAACUACAUGUUCAAACUGUCUGAGUUCCGGGAGCCGUUGCUGAGAUGGCUCCAGGAAAGCAGGCUUACUGUAACCCCUGAGCCGUUCUACCAGCAGGUGCUCCAGUGGCUGAAACAGGACCUGCCAGACCUCUCCGUAUCACGUGACAGAAACCGGCUGCAGUGGGGCAUCCCUGUCCCUGGAGACUCGACGCAAACCAUAUAUGUCUGGGUGGAUGCCCUGGUGAAUUACCUCACUGUUGUGGGUUAUCCUGAGGCACACCACGACUGGUGGCCUGCGGCCUGCCACAUUGUGGGCAAAGAUAUCCUCAAGUUCCAUGUCAUCUACUGGCCUGCUCUGCUGAUGGCAGCAGGGUUAGACCCUCCAGAGCAGAUCUUUGUCCACUCCCAUUGGACGGUGCAAGGACAGAAGAUGUCAAAAAGCCUGGGUAACGUGGUGGACCCGAGAGCCUGUUUCCAGCAGUACACGGUGGAUGGCUUUCGGUAUUUCCUGCUGAGACAGGGUGUCCCCGAUCGGGACUGUGACUACUAUGACGAGAAGGUCAUCAAGUUGGUCAACUCAGAGCUGGCGGACGUCUUGGGAGGGCUCCUCAAUCGCUGCACGGCCCCCAGCCUGAAUCCUAGCGGGACCUACCCACGUUUCUCAGAGGCGUGUUUCCCUAGAGCCGUGGGCACUCAGAACAGAAAGGGGCUGGGCAAGGCUUCCACAGAGGACUACAAGCUAGUAUCUUCCGUGAAGGAGCUUCCACUGCAAGUGAGCAGCUACUUUGAAGGCUUUCAGGUCUACAAGGCUUUGGAAUCCAUUGUUGACUGCGCAAGGCAGACAAAUGGCUUUAUGCAGAGGCAUAAACCCUGGAAACUGAGUCGGGAGGAUCCCUCGCAGCAGCAGUGGCUAGACACCAUCCUCCAUGUCACCCUAGAGUGCCUCCGGAUUUACGGGCUCCUCUUACAACCGGUGAUCCCCACCAUUGCUGAUAAGCUGCUCUCCCGGCUAGGUGUUGGUCCCUCAGAAAGAUCUUUAAGGACCUUGACAUUUCUUUCCCGCUACCAGGACGAACAGUGUCCCUUUGAAGGGAGAUAUCUUGGACCUGACACUGGGCUGUUAUUUCCUAAACUGGAGAAACCUAAAGCCAGAAACCAUGGGGGUCUUUAA